CAGUUAUUUUUAUCUUGAAAUAUUGAAAUGCAUUUAGUGUUUUUUCAAACCGGCCAUUCAAACAUUCGAAACUAAUUGUAAAGAAGUGGGAUAGAUUUAUAAGGAAAAAGAGAGAUUGCAUGUCAUUGGGUGGGGAGUAGAUAUAUAUGAUAUAAGUAUCAUUAAGUAGAGAUUAGAAUUUGAACAGUUAGUGUUUGAUGGUAUUGGAAAUUACAGCUAUGAAGAACGAAGAACUUCCUACACAGAAAGAAAAGGGAUCAACGAAAAUUUUUGAUGGUCUUGGUAUCAGACACCUGCAAGUUCUUCUGCACUUCUUAGGAAUGGUAAAUGGAUAUUGUCUUCGUGUGAGCAUGUCGGAGGCUAUCGUUGCAAUGACUGAGAAAAAUCAGACCAGUAAUCAUCCAUUCGAGAUCUACGAUUGGAAACAAUCAGAAAAGUCAAUGAUUAUUACUUCUUUCUUCUGGGGUUACGCGAUCAUGCAAAUACCAAGUGGUUACAUAGCUGCAGUAUGGAGCGCACAGAAAUUACUCAGUGUUGGAGCAUUACUCUGUGGAAUCUUAAAUAUUCUGAUACCAACUGUUGCUCAUUAUGGGGAUUAUAUUGCUAUUUGCAUUUGUAGGGUAGGCAUGGGACUCUGUCAGAGUUGCCUUUUACCAUGUAUACAUACCCUUCUUUCUAAAUGGGCACCACCGUCUGAACGAUCACGACUUGGAACAAUUGCUUAUGCUGGUGCACAAUUUGGAACCGUGAUUUGCUUUCCAAUUUCUGGAGAGUUAGCAGCAAAUGUUGGCUGGCCGUAUAUUUUUUAUGUGUUCGGUGCGUUAUCGAUAAUUUGGAGUAUUGGUUUUUUUAUUUUUGGUUCUGACAGUCCUUCUAAACACUCACGGAUAUCAAAAAAGGAAAGGCGAUAUAUAGAAAAUAGUUUAAAAAUUAUAGAUAAAGAAGAAAAAGCUACAGAUAAAGAAAAAUCAGAUAACAAAAUGGCGAUGAAAACACCAUGGAAAGCUAUAUUUACCUCAGUACCAAUGUGGGCUCUUAUAAUAGUACAUUGUGGACAAAAUUGGGGCUAUUGGACUCUUAUCACGGAACUUCCAACUUAUAUGAACGAUAUCUUAAAAUUUAAUUUGAAAGAGAAUGGUUGGGUAUCAGCGCUCCCUUAUUUAGUGAUGUGGAUCUUAAGUUUUCCAAUAUGCUGGUUAGCUGAUUACGCUUUAAAGAAGGAUAUCUCAAGAGGAAUAAUUCGAAAAGUUUGCAAUACGAUUGCUCAUUGGGGACCAGCGAUAGCUUUAAUUUUUCUUAGUACACUGUCGGUGCACGAUUCCAUUAUAGCAACGGCUAUUCUCGUGAUAGCUGUAGGUUUAAAUGCCGGAUCUUUAUGUGGAUUUCAAAUUAAUCAUAUUGAUUUAAGUCCAAAUUUUGCUGGUACGAUGAUGUCUAUUACAAAUUGCAUCGCAUCUGUAACUGCAAUAAUCGCUCCAAUAGUUUGUAACAUGAUCGUAUACGAGAAAAAUGUGAACCAAUGGAAUGUAGUAUUUUAUCUUGCUGCUGCAAUUUAUGUUUUAGGGAAUUUAAUUUUCAUUGUUUUUGGUAGCUCUGAAAUUCAGCCAUGGAAUAAUCCUGAAAAUCCAAAUGUUCAAAAGCAAAGCGAAAAAGAAUUAACAGUUGUAUAAAUAUCUAAAAAUAUUUGCGUUAUAUUCGAUUAGGCCCAUCGUUAACGAAGCGUAAUAGAAUUGCAAGCGUAGUGUGACAAUUACCAAACAUGACAAUUACCUACAUUUGUGUCAAUUUAAAUAUUGACUGAUGAGAGAGAUACUUCUAUUUUUUUGUAACUGUAUGUGCGCCUCAUAAAUGAUAAUGUUGUGCAUACACUGGAUAUCAUGACGAAUGAAGAUCGCAAAGAGAAUAUGCUUCGAUUGUUUUGAUGGAUGGCAGAUUUCAUAUACUAUUCGCUGCAUAAAAACGUAUAUACAGCGUAAGAAUAAUACAAUUGUAUUUAAUAAGUAUUAUGACUAUAUAUUCACUGAAACAAGUACUUCGUAAACAAUGGGUUUUAUUGUUAGCGUUGCAAGCACCACAUACUCAUGAACUUGUAAUAUUAUUCUAAAUAGAUACAUGGGAAAUAUCAGUUGCUCAAACAAAUCUUAAAUCAUAUGUAGUAGUUUCUUUGAAACAUCAUAUAUGUACAUAUAUAAGUUUAAUUAAAGUGAUUUGCAUAUAAUUCAAUAUACAUCUUCCCAAUAA